AUUGUCAACUAUAAAAUGAAAGUAACGUACCCGGCCGUACGUGUUUAAGCAUGACUCACACACUACUAUGUCAGUUUUUUACUAUCCUGUAACUGUGUUUUUUAUAAAUACUACCGUAUUUGUAUAAAUUGAGGAACUGGUUAAUCAUGAACGUGCAGAUACUGCAUGAUGGGUCCCCCUUAUUGCGAGCAAUAUUUUACGGGGACGCAAACGAAGUUCUAGCGCUAUUAUCAAGACGAGAGGAUGCAAAUUGGCAAGAUAUAGAACAGCGUUCUCUCCUCCAUGCAGCCGCAUUUAUGGGAGAUGCAACAAUCGUAGAAAUGCUUCUGUUGCAUGGAGCUGUAGUAAGCGCUAAAGACAAGACAUGGCUAACUCCGUUGCACAGAGCCUGUUCCUUAGGAAACCAUAACGUUGUGAAUAUUUUAUUGCACUAUAAAGCAAACGUCAAUAUUGGGGACCGUAAUUGGCAAACUCCUUUGCACGUAGCAGCAGCGAAUAAUGCUGUACAAUGCGCAGAACUGAUAAUACCACAUUUAAGAAACGUCAAUGUAGCGGAUAGGAACGGUAGGACAAGUUUGCAUCACGCAGCCUACAACGGACAUCUUGAAAUGACAGAGUAUUUGAUUCGAGUCGGCUGCAUAGUGAAUGCUUACGAUAGAAAGAAUCGUAGGGCUUUGCAUUUUGCAGCGUACAUGGGACACGACAGUAUCGUGAAAACUCUUAUAGCACACGGAGCAGACGUAAACGUUAAAGAUCGAGAUUUGUACACUCCGUUACAUGCAGCCGCAGCUUCCGGUAACGUUGAAUGUAUGCAUAUAUUAAUUAAUGCCGGUGCAAACAUCGAGGCAAGAAAUGAAUUUGGAAAUACACCGAUGCAUAUUGCGUGUUUGAACGGCCACGCGGACGCGGUUAAAGAAUUAAUUGCUAACGGUGUGAACAUUGAGGCCGUAAACUAUCGGCGACAAAGUUCGCUACACGUUGCCGCUGCUAGCUCUCACGGCGUUAAUUGUUUGGAAGUACUUUUGCACGCUGGUUCAAAGAUAAAUGUUCAAUCGAAAGAUGGGCACACGCCUCUGCAUAUGACCGCGAUUCACGGAAGAUUUACUCGGUCGAAAAGUUUAUUGGACGCCGGAGCAUCACCGGACACCAAGGACAAAAUCAGAAACACUGCUCUGCACAUAGCUGCUUGGUUCGGCCACGAGUGUUUAACGACAACUUUGCUGGAAUACGGCGCAUCUCCGGCGGCUCGCAACGUUGAGCUACGUACGCCGUUGCAUUUGAGUUGUCUGGCAGGCCAUAUCGAGGUUUGUAGGAAAUUGUUACAAGUCGAUAGCCGGCGUAUAGAUACAAGAGAUGUCGGUGGUAGAACACCGUUGCAUUUAGCUGCGUUUAAAGGAUCCGUGGACUGUUUGGAUCUGUUGCUGUCCAGCGGUGCUAAUUUUCGAUUGACCGAUAACGACAAUAGACUGGCGCUUCAUUAUGCCGCCAGCCAGGGCCAUUAUCUUUGUGUUUUCACUUUAGUUGGAUUUGGGAGUGAUUCGAACGCGCAAGACGUAGAUGGCGCCACCCCUUUGCAUUUAGCAGCAGCCUCGAAUCCUACGGAUUCUGGUGCUCAAUGCGUGCAGUAUUUACUGAAACACAGAGCAGAUCCUCGUUUACGCGAUAAACGCGGUUUUACCGCAAUUCAUUAUGCAGUAGCCGGAGGAAAUCAACCAGCUUUGAAAGCCUUGUUGGAAGCAUGUCCGCAAAUGAACUUGCAGGCAUCCAGCAAUUGUACAGAGAAACAAGAACCACCAGCGCCAACGCUAACACCUCUACAUCUUGCGGCAUACUACGGGCACAGCGAGAUAUUGAGCUUAUUGUUACCAUUGUUUCCUAAUACCAACAUUAAAGAAGAUACCGGUAAAACGCCCUUACAUCUAGCUUCUUGCAAAGGCCAUCGACAGUGUGUCGAGUUAUUAUUAAGACACGGAGCGUUCGUAUCUGUUCAAGACUCUAUCGCGAGACGCACUCCGGUACACUGCGCAGCCGCAACAGGUUACAUUGUUUGUCUGAUACUUCUGCUGGAGAACACGGAAGACCCGAGUGUCGUUGACUGUUACGAUGCGAAACAACGCACUGCUUUAACAUUGGCGGUGGCGAACAGUAAUACAGAGUGCGUUAUUUCGCUGUUGAAAUACAAAGCUGAUUGUAACUUACCAGACGUAAACAAACACACACCAUUGUUCCGAGCAGUGUUCAGCGAACACGACCAGCAGCUAGUAAAGUUGCUAUUGUCGCACGGCGCGCAAGUAGCGGUUCAAGACACAAAUGGUAAAACGCCGUUGCAUUUAGCUGCUGCAUGUGGAAGAGUGAAAGCAUUAGCCGCACUCGUUAAAGCUGACCCUGAAGCUGCCACUCUAAAAGAUGAUCAAAAUUGCAGUGUUCUUCAUUGGGCUUGUUACAAUGGGAACUCCAAUUGCGUGGAAUAUCUUCUGAAACAAAAUGUAGUCGAUUCGUUAGAGGGUAAUCCAUUUUCUGCUGUACACUGUGCCGUGUACCAGGGAUCGGUGGAUUGUUUGAAGUUAUUAAUAACGAAAUUUGGAGGGAAAACAGUUGCUGCUCUAAGGGAUAAUCCUGGCGAUCGACUACCUUUACACGUUGCUGCCAGUGCAGGCACUCUCGAGUGCGCGAGAUUAAUUUUAAAAUCAGUUGGUCCGGAAUUAGCUGGACUCGAGACUCCGGACUACUCGGGUCGAACGCCUCUUCUUUGCGCCGCUGUUGCAGGCAAAUGUGACGUUAUCGAAUUAUUGCUCGAGGGUGAAGCCGACGUGAGUGCCGUCGAUUGCAACAAGAACACAGCACUGCACUUGGCUUGCCAAAGACGACACUCUGCUGCUGCUUCGUUGCUGUUAAAUUGGAUCGACGCUGCUAAUACAAACGGGGAGAACACACCGCAGUCGCAGCAACAGCGCCUAUCUGUUAUCAAUAUGACCAAUAAACAACAAAGGACUCCGUUACAUUUGGCGGCAAGAAAUGGACUCGUUAAAGUUACGCGUCGUUUAUUGCAAUUAGGGGCAAGCGUUGUGGUCGUUGACGUCGAAGGUCUUACUCCUGCAUUGGCUUGUGCGCCGAAUCGCGCCGUGGCGCGUUGUUUGGCCACCAUCCUUGCUGCGCAUGGUCAACACUGGGAAGCGGCGCAACACUCGCCCUCGAUCCAACAAACGUCGGAAGUGUAUUUAAACGGCAGAAGUGGUGACUCGCAACACAGUUCAGAUUCCGAAUUUUACUGACAAUAGUCGUCGCAGUUAGGCCAUCGCGGGUCUCAAAUUCUAAACGUCGAUGCAACUCGCGGGAAUAACGACGCUGCGAAACCGGUGCCUGGAUCAUUUCGAAUCCAGACUUAUGAGAGCCUGGUUUUACCACUUGACACGUGAUAAAAAACGCAUACACAAUGGACAUUCUAUACACGAAACCCGUAUUCUUUUUGUAUAGUUUAUGAAAAGAUAGGAUAAAUAUUGUUUAUUUAUACUUUACAAAGAUAUUGUUCUUUUCCUUCGAAUUUGUAUUGUACAUGUCACAGUGUUGUUGGUAUUAUUUAUGUAUUGUUUUUUUUAGGAUUACUAACACUAAUACUCGGUUUCAGAAACUUUGUAAAUUACAUAAAUAAUACUAACACGAAUGUAAUAGGUGCCAAAUACUGAUACGAAAGAAAAGAAGAAUAGGUCUAAGAAGUAUAAAUAAAAAAAUAUCACGCAUCACCGUUUUCAGGCCUUACUGCUUUUACAAGUUUACUACAUUUCUAAUGCACAAUAGUCUGAGAUAAUAUUGUCGAGGCACAAAGAAUUAUCCUGUCGGGGACAAACGAUAGUCACGAUGCAACUAUAGACGAUCGGAAUUUUUUAUUCUUGGGAUAAAUAGAUCUUUUGGUGCUACGGGGUCGACCACCGAAUCUAGAUACUGUCUACCUAUUUUUCGGGUUCUGCGAUCAUUUCUAUAGCAGUCGAAGUAAUGUCCAAUUUGAAUUUAAUACAGAAUUGCAUUUCUCCCUCUGAUACUCGUGCAUUUAUCUUUUAUCGAGGUUCUUAAACGCUAUAUUUUAUGUUGUAUAGCGUAUUUUACUUUUUCGUAAAUUGUAGACAUAAUGUUUUUUAGGUUUUCUAUUCGGAAUACCCGUAAAAUCUACGUGUUCGACAAUCGUCACACGUUAUUCUAUACUUAUUAUCGUUAUCAACGUAUAUGCAUUUAGAAUGCUCAGUAAAUUAUUUUCUUUUUUAUACCGAGCGGUCGAGACAAGUUUCGAAUCAUAUCGUGCGCAUGGAUUAUGUAUUUUUAUUGUACAUACUGAUAUCGCAAUAAUUGCUUGAACAGGGGGAUAUUAAAUAAUAGCCGACGGAACAAUAGUAAUAUUGAAUAGAACGAAGCAAUUUCCAAUUUUGUACGUAGUUUAAGCGAACCGCGCGAAUUUCAUAUACAGUAUUUUUCACCGAAAGAUAUAAAUCGUAUCUGCCUGUACAUAUUGAUAAAUAUUUUUCAAUACCGACGAUCCGUAUACACAUAUACAACGUGAGUUCCGGAAAUUUAAUACUGUAUUACAUCGAAAUCGCGCUAUAAUUUUAAGUGCUACUGCCAAUAUUGUGCAUCUAUACUGCGUAACACAUUUGUAAUCA